AUGGGUUCGAUCGAGAAGGUUGAAUGUGUCGAAGUCCAAAUCUCGCACUCGAGUAGCAUCUCAACAAGCGAGAGCCACGAAGUUUCACAUCAGUAUACAGACGAAGAAUAUAAACGUCUCAGGAGAAAAAUCGAUAGAUAUCUUCUCCCUCUCAUGUGGCUUUGCCAUGGCCUCCAACAGGUCGAUAAGGGUAGUGUCGGCACUCAAGCAACCUUUGGUUUACGCGAAGAUACAGGACUCGUUGGACAACAGUUCGCCUGGUUGACAACCAUGUUCUACCUUACAUAUCUCAUUUUUGAACUACCAUCCGUUGUCUUGUUGCAGCGGUACCCUAUGGGUCGAGUCUUGUCUUUGUAUGUCAUCUGCUGGGGAAUUGUAGUGCUGUGCAUUGGAUUCGCUCAGAAUUUUGCACAACUCGUCACCCUUCGCGCACUUCAAGGGAUGUUUGAGUGCUCGAUAAGUCCCGGGUUUCUUCUUGUCGUCGGCACUUGGUAUAAGACCCGGGAGCAUCCGUCGCGCGCCUUAGUCUUCCAAAGCGGGUUUGCUGGAAUGAGCAUAAUGACCGAUGCUAUUGUGUACGGAAUCGGGUCCGUAACGAAUAAGAACCCGGAUUUCCAGGCAUGGAGAUACAUGUCUUUUUUCCUUGGUAGUGUCACAGUCCUUGCUGGCGCUGCUUGCCUCCUCUUUCUGGGCACGCCAUCCGAGGUGCGGUGGCUUUCCGCCGAGGAGAAAAAGAUAGCAGUAGCUCGUGUGAUGGAAAACAAUACAGGCCACGACCGAACGGGCUUCAAGGAUUGGAAAUGGGACCAAGCCAGAGAAUGUCUGACAGAUCCAACAUUCUGGUUCGCUGGACUCAACGCCACACUAAAUGCAGUCCCUAAUGGCGCGUUAACGAGCUUUUCGGGGAUCCUAAACACUACUUUUGGCUUUACAAAUCUACAAGUGCUCAUAUUGAACAUACCAAAAUACUGUUUCACCGCACUCUACUUUGUCUUAGUCGGAGUUGUGGCCACUAAAAAGAAGAACACUCGCAUGUGGAUCAUGAUGCUUUCCAACAUCACUCCAAUUGUCGGCUUUCUCCUGAUCGCCAUCCUCCCUAACGAUCCGCAAUACAAGUGGACGAAGUGGGUUGCGCAUUUUAUAACGAGCCCUUAUAUUACUUCCACUUUCUUUGCGUGGUCGUUGGUCCCGUCGAAUGUUGCCGGGAGAACAAAACGUACUCUUUGCACAACAAUCACAUUCGUAGGCUAUUGUGUUGGAAAUAUGACUGGGACUCAAAUUUUCAGGGCCAAGGAUGCCCCUAGAUAUGUCCCGGGACUUAUCGCCUGCACCGUGUGCUUGACAGCGCAAGUGGUUGUGAUUUUCGUAUGGAGGAUGGUGUAUGUCAUGCGCAAUAGACGUUUGGAUAUGCGGAUGAGCGAACUCGGAAUUACAGAAGAGGAUAGAAUCAAAGCAGGUAAGGAGAUAGGAGAGAGCGACUGCACGGAUCUUCACAACCCUUUCUUUCGAUAUGCGAUGUGA